AUGGACAUCAGUUUGGUUCAGAUUCCGAAAUCUUCGAGACCAUUUCGGUUUGAGAAAAUGUGGUUGGAUCACAAUCAGUUUGAUGAUGUAGUUCAGGACGUCUGGAAUAUGGGUAGAGAAUCUGAUAUUGAGUUCAUGGAAAAAUUAGAGAGUUGUGGGAGGGAAGGGAACGAAGGAUCUGACCGCAAUAUAGCUAACACAGCUGCCGAGAUUGACAAAUUACUGCGAAGGGAAGAGAUUAUGUGGCGUCAACGAUCCAAAGCUGACUGGCUCAAGGAAGGGGAUCGUAAUACAAAAUUCUUUCACCAUAAGGCGUCUAGUCGAAAGAAAAAUAACAGUAUAGCUCAGAUUCGUGAUGAUUUUGGCGAGUGGAGAGCUGGUGAGGAUAUUGCAAAGGUGGUUGUCGCUUAUUUCAAUCAACUUUUUACGUCAUCAAAUCCUACAAACCAAUCUUAA